ACGGGCACUUCCUUCCGGGCCGCGCGGUGCCUGUCGGGAAGCAUGGAUUCGCACGAGCUCUUCCGAAAGCUCGGAGCCGGCGCCAAGUUCGACGUGAAGCGCUUCAGGGGAGACGCGGAGCGAUUCAAGGUGAUCAGAACUAAAGAUAAAGAAGCCGGAUCAUCGGAGAUUCUGGGAGAGCUUGACUUCUUUGCUAACCAAAGCAAAAAACCACCCAAUCCUUCCGAUGAUGGCGGAGGAGGAAAUUGUCUUCGUGAACCCCAAGUUGAAGCAUUGGAAUCACAACCUGAAAAUAAAGGAAAUGAACCCAGAUUGGUGGGCAAGGCGAGGGCUGCAGAGAAGAGAAUAGGAGAUGGGCAAAGCAUGGAAGGGAGGGGCAAAAAGAAAAAGCCUCAAGAGGCAGCCCCCAUAAAUCUUGGUACUGAAAAUGAGGGGAUAUUGUGGAUGUCCACUUUGGAAGCAAAGCUCAGCGCUCCAAAGAGCAAGGGGGAGAAGGAGCCCCCGGCAGCAAAAUUGGAACAAGCUAGACAAGAAAAGGUAAACCACUUCAGAAAUAAGCACAAGAUCUACAUUCAGGGAACAGAUCUUCCGGAACCCAUUGCUACGUUUGAGCAACUUGCAAAGGAAUACAGCGUCCACCAAAAGAUCAUGCAGAACAUUGAAGCUGCAGGGUUCCAGACUCCCACACCGGUUCAGAUGCAGGCUAUUCCUGUCAUGCUUCAUGGUCGCGAACUUCUGGCCUGUGCCCCCACUGGUUCAGGGAAAACGUUGGCUUUCGGCGUUCCUGUUUUAGCACACCUGAAACAACCUAUGAAUAAAGGUUUCAGAGCACUGGUAAUAUCCCCUACACGGGAGCUUGCCAAUCAGACGCAUCGAGAGCUGCUUAAGCUGUCGGAAGGUAUCGGCUUCAGAAUACACAUGAUCAAUAAAGCUGCUGAGGCUGCAAAAAAGUUUGGGCCAAAGUCAUCUCAGAAAUUUGAUAUUCUGGUGACUACUCCAAACAGACUUGUCUAUCUUCUGAAACAAGACCCUCCAGCAAUAGAUUUGACCAGGGUUGAGUGGCUGGUGGUGGACGAGUCGGACAAGUUAUUUGAAGAUGGGAAGACGGGCUUCCGAGACCAGCUCGCCACCAUCUUCCUGGCGUGCACGUCCCACAUUGUCAAGAGAGCCAUGUUCAGUGCAACGUUCGCCCAUGACGUAGAGCAGUGGUGCAAACUCAACUUAGACAACAUAGUGUCUGUCUCUAUUGGAGCAAGGAAUGCUGCGGCUGAGACAGUGGAUCAGGAGCUCUUGUUUGUUGGAUCGGAGACGGGGAAACUGCUAGCGAUGAGGGGCCUUGUGAAAAAGGGCUUCACACCACCUGUCUUGGUAUUUGUCCAGUCCAUUGAACGGGCAAAAGAGCUUUUCCACGAGCUCAUUUAUGAAGGCAUCAACGUGGAUGUCAUCCACGCAGACAGGACCCAACAGCAGAGAGAUAGUGUCGUUCACAGUUUCAGAGCGGGGAAGAUUUGGGUCCUUAUCUGUACUGCUCUGUUGGCAAGAGGCAUCGACUUCAAAGGAGUGAACAUGGUUAUUAAUUUUGACUUCCCGAGUAGCGCUGUGGAAUACAUCCACCGGAUUGGCCGCACAGGGAGAGCAGGGCAUACUGGGAAAGCAAUCACCUUCUUCACUGAAGACGACAAGCCGUUAUUGCGAAGUAUCGCCAGUGUCAUUGAGCGAGCUGGCUGCCCUGUGCCAGACUACAUAAAACAUUUUCGCAAGCUUCAAAGCAAGCAAAAGAAGAAGUUGAUUAAGAAGCCUUUGGAAAGGGAACACAUUCUUACAUCUCCCCAGUUCUUACGCCGGAAAGCCAAGAGAAAAAAGAGAAUUGCUCAGAAAGGAGUGAAGAAAGAAUCCAAGGAAGCCAAAGCCGAGAAUUCUCAGGCACAGACUGUUCCAGAAAACUGAUGCAGCGCUUUGAAGGAUUGCUAAAAAUAAGCAAGGGUGCUAUGUUAUUUGUAGGAAUCUGGGAAGCCACACGGACCACGGAUGGAACAAAGAGCUUCUUUUAUGUUGGGGUGCAUUUUGCCUCUCUUUGUUAUGUUUUCUGGCAGAUUUUCUAAGCAAGCCCUUUCCUCCCCUUGUUGUGUGGGGGUCGGGCCAUCCUGUGCUCUGACAUUUUUUUUGCCAGGCUUCAAGGAGGACAGCGCAAUGGCACAAAUGGCUCAUCUUCCUUCACUGAUGAUAAACAUUCUUGCAUCCCUGAGUGCUGAGGGGGACUUCCCAUGUCAGUAAAGGAAGGCAGGGGGGGCCGAAGGGGGGGGCUGCCACUUACGCAUUCAGGUUAUUUUAUCUAGCAAAUAAAGCAGGGAUAGGGAGCCUGUGGAUCCCUCCAGAUGUUGUUGGGUUUCCAACUCCCAUGUACUCCAACUACAUCGGGAGGACCACCGUUCUCCAUUCCUGCUAUACAGUAGUAGGUUCUGUAGCUGCUAUAAGGCGUAAGACACAGUUGUUGCAGGCUUGAUGCCGCAAAUUUAUCACGGGAAAGUGAAUUUUAAAUCCGCAGGACAAUACCUGUGGAUGGAAAUACCCAAGAGUGUGUUCUUCUUGCACAAAUUUACAUGCUUUACACAGGUCCAUCGCCCUCUGCAACUGUUGCAUCAUUUUGGCCAUAAAAUCUGUAAGUCUUGCCAAUAAACUGCCUCCAAAUGG